AUGGCAGACAGCACCAAAAUCCUCUCCUUGAGAGAAGAAGAGACGAAGACGACGCACUUCAGAGAGAAUCCAUCGAUUGAACAUGGCAUUGCAGACGAGCUGCGAGUCCGCACAAAAACCGACCUCUCCGUCCUCCUCCUCCUCUUCCUCGGCCUGACCGUCUUCCAGCUCGACCGCAUGAACAUAGGCAGCACCCUGACCGGCGGCUUUGCGGCUGAUAUCGGCGUCGACCAGAACACGAUCAACCUGGGCAACCAGCUGAUGUUUUUGGGCAUUGUCGUGCUGGAGAUUCCGUCGAAUAUGCUGCUGCAGCGGAUCGGCCCCAGCAAGUGGAUCUCCGCCCAGGUCUUCAUCUUCGGCCUCGUCGCCACGCUGCAGAUCUUCAUCACCAGCCGGGCUGGCUUCCUCGUCACUCGCAGCAUCUUGGGGCUGGCUGAGGCGGGCUACAUCCCCGGAGGCAUCUACACCCUCUCAACGUGGUAUCCCCGGCACGAGCUGGCCACGAGGGUGGCCGUCUUCUUUUUCGGCAUGUUCGGGGGCAACGCCAUCUCUCCUCUGCUGGGGGCUGGUAUCCUCAAGCUGGAUGGUAGAGUCGAAGGAAUCUGGACCAUCGCAGUGUCGGUCCUCCUAUUUCUCGCCCUCCCAGCUAGUCCAGACAAUCCAAGACCGCUGUUCUUCCCCGGGUUGAUCCGCUUCUCCGAAGAAGAGCAGUCCAUUCUGCGGGUAAGACUGGGGCGAGAUAACCACGAGAAGAAGAACAAAAUUCCCCUGCGCGUCGUCUGGCGCACGCUGGCGAAUUACCGCCGCUGGCUGCACUACCUGGCGACUGCGUGCGUCUUUUCGACCUGGAGUCCGCUGACGACGUACACGCCUAGCAUUAUGCUUACAUUCGUCAACGACGAACAACAAUCGAAACUGACAGCGCCACAGAUCCCUCGGCUUCGACAAAGUCCGCGCCAACGCCGUCGCCGCCAUCGGCGCCUUUUUGGCCCUUCCAGUAGUGCUCUUCUUCGCUUGGCUGAGCGACCGCACCGGACGACGCGGUCUGGCCGUCGGCCUGGCCAUCCUGUGCUACCUGGUCGUGCUGAUCGUCGCGCGGACGGUGCAGAGCCACGAUCAGCAGCUGAGUCGAUGGCACCGCGUCGGCCUCUGGACGGUCGUCAACGCGUUUGCGGUGGGAUAUCAUCCUGUGCACAAUACCUGGGUGCAGGUCAACUGUUGCGAGCCGACGGAGAGGAGUAUUGCGAUUGCGUCGUUGCUAACAGUAUAAUUUUAGGAUAUGCAUACGCUCGGGUCAUGAGCGCCAUCGCAGGCCUUAUGGCAGGGACACAGAUCUUCCGCGCCGGCGAUGGUCCAUUAUAUUGUUGUCAAAUCGCUAACAACGUCGUCUAUUUUGAAGCUACCCCCAUGGCCUCCUCAUCAUGA